CGAACUCUUGGCGCGCGCCUUCCUCUGCGAAUUUUUGAGGGAGUCGCGAUGCACGCCUCACAACACCAAAGAUGCCUCGGAAAUCCUCUGCAAGCAAGCGCGAGCUGAACGGCGCUUCCGCCACUGCCGAGCGCCCAGAGAAGAAGGCAAGGCUGCUCGACAACACCGACGAUGAGGAUUCAGAGGCAGACGCUGGCGCAGGCUUCCAAGUGAACGAGGAGUAUGCGCGCCGCUUCGAGCACAACAAGAAGCGCGCCGAGCAGCACAGGUUGGAGGAGAAGUACGGCAAAGGCAGCGCUUUCCAGCACGAGGACGAGGACUCGGAAGACUCGGAAGAGGGCGUCGAGGAGGACGAUGCUGCCGAGCUGCUCGACGAAGCGCUCGACGACGAGCUCAUGGCUACGCUGAAAGCCCUCAAAUCGAAAGACCCCCGCAUCUACGACAAGGACGCCAAGUUCUACACCGAAGUCGCAGAGGGCGACGGCGGCGGCGACGACGGCGACGGCGCCAAGAGGGACGCUUCGAUGACGCUGAGGCAGUUCCACACCAGGAACCUGCUCGAGGGCCGAGUGCCCGGGGAAGACGACGACGAUGCGCCGCCCAGGACAUACGCGCAGGAGCAGGAGGAGAUCAGGAAGAGCCUUGUCAACGCUGCGGCUGACGACGAGGACGACGACUUCCUCGUAGCCAAGCCCACGCCCGCGGUCUCGAAGAAGGGCCGCGUCAAGAUCACCCAGGACGAUGUUCUCAAAGCCGACCACGACCCAGAGCUCUUCCUGUCCAACUACAUGGAGUCUCGCGCAUGGGUGCCCGCCGACAAGACACAGUUCCAGCCGCUCGACUCCGACGACGACGAGGAAGACGCCGCCGCCGACGACUACGAACACGCGUACAACACCUACUUCGAAGACACCACCGGCACCAACGAGAAGCUCACCACCUACGCCCGUGACGCCGUCGCAGCCACAACCGUCCGUCGCGACGAAGGGAACAGCAGAAAGAAGGCCCGUGACGCGGCCAGGGCCAAGCGCGAAGCUGAGAGGAAAGAGCGCGAGGAAGACCUGGCCCGUCUACGCAAGCUCAAGGUCGAGGAGAUGGAAGCCAAGGUCAAGCAGAUCCGCAAGAUCGGCGGUCUGAGCGGCCGAGACUUCAAGAUGGAUGAGUGGAAAGACGUCCUCGAAGCAGACUGGUCCGACGACCAAUGGGACAAGGAGAUGUCGAAGCGCUUCGGCGAAUCGUACUACAACGAGGCAGACGCCGCAUCCGACAGCGACGCCGCAGGCUCCAGCAGGAAGAGCAGGAAGCCCAAAAAACCCAAAUUCGACGACGAUAUCGACAUCAAAGACCUGAUUCCCGACUUCAAAGACGACGACGAAGAUGAACGGCCCACACUCUCCUCCGACGAUGAGGACGAUGACGCUAUGGACGUUGACGCAGACGCCUCCACAAAAGCAAAGUCCUCGAAGAAGCUCAAACAAGACCGCGCCGACGCCAAAUCCUCCGCCCGCCGCGACCGCCGCCUGAUCGAGAACCUCGUGUCCGAGAACCUCAAAUACGAAGCCGCGCUCGCAGCCAAGCCGUCCAAGGCCCCGGCUCGCUUCCGCUACCGCGAAACCUCGCCUACAACAUUCGGUCUCACGGCUAGAGAUAUCUUGCUCGCAGACGACAAGCAGUUGAACGAGUUUGCAGGCCUGAAGAAGCUAGCGGCGUUCCGCGACCCGGACAAGAAGAAGAAGGAUAAGAAGCAUCUUAGCAAGAAGGCGAGGCUUAGGCAGUGGAGACAGGAGACGUUUGGGGAUGCGGAGGGGCCAAAGGGCGGGUUUGAGACACUGCUGGGUAACGAAGAACCGGAGCCGGCUAAGCACCACAAGAAGAGGAAGGUGGAAGAGACGGAGGGAGGUAUAGUCGAAGGCGAGAAGAAAAAGAAGCGUAGGAGUCGGAAGAAGAAGAGCGCUGAGGAUGAGAUCUGAUGAUGGAUCUGGAGAGAUAGAUACCAUACGCAUGCAAUUCACGCACCUACCCAUCCGUCAUGAAAGCACAUCAAUGCGUGGAGCGAGGCGCUUAUCGAAACCCUAGAUUACUCAAGACACAAGCUCAUGCUCCCUACUCAAAAGACCAGUG